AUGGACCCCCAGCAAGAAAAGAAACACAUCACCGCCGGGGACGCAGAGUCAUUCACCACAAAAGUCCUCACAGCAAACGGCGUGCCCCUCGAAAAUGCCACAAUAAUCAGCAAAUGCCUCGUGCAAGCCGACCUCCGGGGCGUAGACACGCACGGCAUAAACCGGAUCCCAUCAUACAUGGAGCGGAUCCGGCAGGGCGUGCUGGACGCUAAGGCCCACCCGUCCCUGAAGCAGAUCACACCUGUCGUCGCACAAGUAGACGGACAGAAUGGGUUUGGGUUCGUGGCCGCGCACAUGGGGAUGCGCGGGCGAUUGAGAUGGCGCGCGAUGCAGCAGGCGUUGGAUGCAGGGAUGAUGAGUCUUGUAUUUACAAAUUCAUCGCCUGCGUUGCCGGUUUGGGGCGGCCGGGAGAAGUUGAUGGGGGUUUCGCCUUUGGCGUGUGGGGCGCCGGCUGGGAAGGAGAAGCCGUUUAUUUUGGACAUGGCGCCUUCGAUUGCGGCGCGCGGCAAGAUUUACAAGGCUGCCCGACGUGGGGAGAAGAUCCCCGCUGACUGGGCGUUGGAUGGGGAGGGCAGGCAGACCGAGGAUCCGAAUCGGGCAUUGGAGGGCGUUAUGUUGCCUAUGGGGGGUCCCAAGGGGUCAGCGUUGGCGGUCAUGAUGGAUCCCGCGGAUGUGGGCCAUUUCUUGGUGGCUAUUAAGCCAGAUUUGUUUAUGGGGUUGGAUGACUUCAAGGAGCGUAUGGAUUAUCUUUAUCAGAGGGUGGUUGGAUCUGAGAAGAUGGCUGGUGUGGACCGGAUUUACUAUCCUGGGGAGAUUGAACAGAUUACGCGCGAGGAAAGAGUGAAGACGGGGAUUCCUUUCGUUCAGGCUGAAAUUGAUGCUUUGAACAAGGAGGCGGACAAGGUUGGGUUGGAGCAUCUUGUCGUAUCAUAG